AGGAAUAUGCAACUGGGCAGAUUAAUUAAAAAAAAUGUACGUCGGUUUGAGCAAACGUCUUUUUUCAAAAACUAGUAAAGGCAGAAAUCUUAUGUGAAAUGAGUAAAGCUGUGCAGAUACCAGCAUGGAUGUGAAUCUUCACUGGGAGCAGCUGCUCUGCGAUCCGGAGCACAUUUAGAAAGCGGCAGUGUGUCACUGAAGGAGCUGUGCAGUCCAGCAGCAGCUUCACGCCCGGGGCUUUAUGUUCUGCUAUCACAGUGAUGGAGCGCUGACCUUUAAGGUUCCCCUGUGCUUCCAGGUGUUGUGUGUUCGGAUCUGCGUGUUCUACUGCAGCAUGUGUCUGGCGGGAUGGCCCCUGUUCUCGGAGGGGGCCCGGCUGCGCUGCGGCUCCGAGCUCCUCAGUGACCUCCUGUUCGUCUGUGGGGAGCGGGGAAUCUACUUAGGUAAAGGCUCCUGGUCGGGGUACGGCCCUCGUCCCCGGGGGAAGGGAAUAGUGGACCAGUGUUGUAAAUCCUCUGGCUGUGAACUUUACCACCUGGAGAUGUAUUGUGCCAAGCCAAAAGCCAAGCAGCUGACCACAAGAUCCCCAACCACAACUUCAACCACAGCAACACACACAACCACUGCAGUGCUAGACAUGUUUGAAGAUGUGUUUCGGAAGAGGCUUUUGGAGAACCUGGGAGCUCCCAACAGCCCUCAGAGAGAGGCCUACAGAAAGAAAACUCCUUCCUCGCUUCCGUGGAAAAGCAAAAUAUCGUCACGCGUGAGAGCGAACAUGCAGAACUCGACCAGCUGGCCUCCCGCCACCUCGGGACGCUCCGUCUGAAGAUGAAAUCUGCUCGGCAGUUUCAACAUGAAAGAUUUUUGGCGACAGCUCGAACAAACUCUCGUGUGAAGUUGGUACCAGCGGAGUCGGAUAAGAACCCAGACAUGGAGGGCUGUGAAGAUCUUUGUAAGAUCUGGAACAAGCAGACUGCUGAGCUGCUUCCAGACCAGCUGUCACUUCCUCCUUGACUCCCCCCCCAUCCGGUAACACCACGAUGAGCCUCUGCUGGCCGUCUGCUCUGGUUUCCUCCUCAUCUUCCCAUACAGGAUGUCCAGGUCCAUGCUCUGGUCCGACUGGGAGCUUAGUGUGUGUGAAGCCUGAAGCUGCUCCUGCCAGCCUUGCUUUGGUUUCCAUGUCCUCAUGUCUAACCUGCUGUUUGCUCUGUAAGUUUGCACAUGUUGAGUUACAGGCCAAGACCUGUCUAAGCCACUUUAGUUCACAUUUUUUGGUCAGCUCCGUUAGGCUUAUAGCUUUGCUGUUUGCGACAAACCGUAGAUGCCUAGCGCUGUAGGCCUUUAUGUGUGUUUUAGCACUUUUACUCCUAUGCAAAGAGAGGUUUUUAUACUGACUUGUUUUCGUAAACCGUUUUUUUUUUUUUUUUUUUGUAAUAAUUUGUUGCACUCACUUAUUUAUUUCACCACGACGAGAACAA